AUGGCAGAAACCGUUCAUCAGAUCUCUUUUUAUAAUGUUUUUGUGGAGAAACGGGCUUCUGUGCGACUCUCUAGUUGUGAGAAGGAAGAGGAUAAUGUUGAUGGUGACAAUGAAACUCGGGACUGCAUCACAUGUUUAAGCUACUGGCGAGUCUGCUUCAGAAUCAACCGUCAAACGACGCAAGAUAACAGAACAGCAUUUGAAGAUGAGAGGAUCAGAGUCAAAAAUGAAAGUGUACAGCAAGAACUAGACAAAUAUUUUAGCACAGAGAGACCCAACGUCACGUAUGAGGACAAAGAGAAUUUUCAGACUUCUCAAGAUUUUCAAAUAAGCUACAGUCACUGUCAUGAAGAGAUGUUGAAGAAUUAUGGUGGACAGUGCUGGGAGAUUUUCAAUGACAGCAUGAGUGAACUGGGCAAGGAGAAUUGGUGUAAUAUGGAGAUGGUGAUAAGAAACUACCACAAGUUAACUGAGUGUAUUGAGUUUAUAUGCAAUGCGCUAGGGUGCUUCUACCCUAAUCGUGUGGUGGAGCAGCUGUUCGUGAGGAUACACCGGCAGUACUUCAGUUCUUGUAACAAUGAAGAGGAUUUACCCGACGCCCCGGCUGGAGUCGUGCUCGUAUCCACACUGCUGCCUAUCCUCCUCAUACCCUUCAUAGUGUACAUCGUGGUCUGGAAGAGUAGUUUAAGGGACUGAGUGCUUUUGCAUUGUCCCGGAUGAGUUAAAGUGAUAGUUCACUUCAAAAAUGAAAAUCCUGUCAUCAUUUACUCACACUUGUGUCUGA